CGAUUCUAUCUCUCAGUUCUAAUUUUUUAUUCACGUUUGCUAUUGUACUCGAUUCCUUUUCAUCAGUUUUAACCUGAUCGACUUUUCUACCCCAUCAAUACGUCUCUCGUCCUGGACAACUGUGUGGGUAACCCAUAGCCAACUUCCGUUAGGAAUCUCUGCUCUGACAAGGUGUCAUUACCUUUCAUAAACCCUGCUUGAGUGCUAAAAGAAUAAAUCUGUUCUUCCUCUAAUUUUUGUUUCAUAUUCUUCAUUUUCAGAUUCUUCUUACAGUUUUAUUUUACAAUUCACUAACUUUUUAGUUUAUGUAUGUUGUCAACAUUUACUUCUGACUCUCCCACACAUACACACACAAUAUUCACGUCUCUUUCCUUGUUCUUACCGGCCCUUUUCUGUCAUGUUACGUUUAUUUAGACGACAGUUUUAUUAAUUCGCAUAUAUAAACCGUAAGCGAUGCGAAUUUAAUAUUUUAAAACCAAAAAGCAACAAUAGCAACUAUAUCAACAUUAAAAAAAUCAGACAUCUCUUUCUAUUAAUCGUUUAUGUCUGUCAUAACAUUGAUGUUCAAUAGAAGAAACUAGUGGAAGAUAAUGGUGUUGCGCGAGGAAAGAAGGAACAGCCCUGAAUGAGGCGCGCCCACAUACAAUUUCAUCCGACGUGAGGGAACGAGCGACAACCACUGUCGCUUGAUGCUAACGAAAACUGAUACAGCCUCUUCUUGGUUGGAGCAAAACCAGAACAAUUGUUGGUUUUCUUAUUUCUAUCGCUCUGCAUAGUUUUGCUCGACUGGAUAGAUGCGAAGUCGCCAUGAGUGACAAUGCUGGCUCCACAACCAUUUAAAUGGUCAAUGUCAGUCAUAUCACCGGCUCAUUUCCCCCAUCAGCUUUCGCCUCUUGUCUCAUUUCAAGUUACUGACCCCGGUUCCACUUCAUCGUUUCAUCUUGGAUAGAAGCUGUGUGAUAAUGAUGAUUACGGAAAUUGUUUCUUAAAUUUGUAGAAGCUGCGAUUAAGGGGAAUGUAGUUAAUACAUAAAUCCCUUUUACAAGUGAUGUGAUUUUCUAAUGAGGAAGAAAGUGAAUCUAAACAGAACUGUGACCAAGUUAUAUUCAUAUCCUCUUUAUUAAACUCUGCUGCUCUCUUCGCCGUAUAAUUUCACUUUUAUAGCAAACUGUGUAUAGAUAUAGGUUAACUUUACUGGACCUGCGUAAUCCUGAUAUUUUCCCCCUUUAAAGUUUAAAUACCGAUAGCCUUAACUUAGUUUCAGGGUUCUCCAUUGCUAUGACUGGUUGCCGUACCUUCGACUUCCUACGCAAAGUUGAUAUUUUAACUCUCCUAGUGGAUCCGUUGCGACAUUUUACUCCAAACGUUUAUCACUCUUCCCCGUCAUCAUUUUCCAUUCACUCUUCUAGAAACCUUUAUGAUUUUUACUCUACGAAUUAGUACCUCACUCUACCACACUGACCGCACACUUUAUUCGACUUUUUCUUUUAAACCUGUAUGAAAUGUUGAUUGAAGGUAAAGAUAGUGAAAUGGAAAGUGAUGACAUUGAUUUCUCUGCCCUUCCUCCACAUAUGGUGCCCGGUGUACAGAUAUUAUCAUUGGCAGAACUUAUACGUUGUGUCAGCAAUGGUACAGAAGAACUCCGUUAUUAUCUCCUCAAAGAAUCAAACACUAUCAUUGAGUGUAAAGUCUGCUUUAAUCUCUUCCGCAAUGUUGGAUAUUUCAUUGCGCACAAACGUUUCUACUGCCUUGCCUGCAAUCGAGACAAACCAACCAAUUCUAGUGCAACCCCACCAACAUAUGAUGAGCAGUCAGUUACAGUUGCACCAGAACUUCCAACUGAUGCCACAGAUUUCAAAAAGCAAUCUGUGGAACUUGUCAGAAACAACCUUCUUAAAAGACCUUCAACUUUGUUGCACUGUUACGGGUCCAAAAGAGAAUCUUUCUGGCAGAUUUAUAACAAGACCAACAAACAGAAUGAAUCAAAUAAAGAAAUUUCUAGCUCUUCUUCCAUCAGUUUUGAGCCAAUUGAUAACACCAAAGUUGCUAUGAAAGUUGUGUCUUCAGAUGUUACUGAAGAAAAUGAUAUCAAUUCUGCUGAGGCAAAGAGCCAAGAAGAAAUUGCUGAGAUCACACCAGAUAUUGAAGAUGAAGAUUUAGAUGAUAAACUUGACAAAGGAACUACUUCUGAGCCGACAUCUGAGAGAUCUUCUCCUAUACCCAAUGAAACAUCUGACUUUAAAGACUUAGAAUCAAAUAUAAAAUAUGAGUUGGCAGAUUUUAAACACCUGAAGUGUCUGAAAUGUCAGCGAAUCAUGUCUUCUAAAAAGUCUUUGGUGAAUCACGUCAUUAACUUGCAUGGUGACUUGAAGCGCUACUAUUCUUGCCCUCUCUGUAAAGAGAAGCUUAAAUUCCGUUAUUUCUGGGGGGUGAUUCGACAUUUGUCCACAAUUCAUUACAUGAAAAAGCUACAAAUUAAUAAGAUUCGAUCAACUUUACGAAAAUCUAGUUGGGUUGAGAAGAAUUCUGGAGAAAUAGUUAGCGCACCAAUCCUCUGCAAGACCAAGCCUGCUAGUAUUCAAACAAACAAUAAAAGUAAGAAAGCUACCGAAGAUAAAAUACGUUUGAAGAAUGAGGAAAUUGCUUUUGCUAAUGAUCUUUUGCAACAAAAAGUGCUACAAGGAAUUUUAAGUAAUUCAUCUAAGGGUCGGAAGAAGUUCCGCUGUCAGAGCUGUAAAAAGGUGUUUACACAGAUAAAGUCCUUGCAGGCUCAUUUACGUGACUGCACUGAUUGGGAACAUGUAACUAAAUCCUCAAGUGAUUUCAAACAAAAUGGGCAGAGUGCAAAGAAGUCUCAGGUAGCCAGCAAAUCUCACUCAGAGCCAGCUCCUAAUGAAGAGUUGAAAAAAAAAGAAACAGUUUCUUCUAACAAAGCAACUACAUUACUUCCAAAACGAAAUGAUUCAGAAAAAUCUUUGACUCAAAAGACUAAUGAUGGAACUAGUGACUUGAAAACCAAAGAAAGUAUAAAGACCAGUGUCCAAACUGAUAUUCAACCAUGUCCAUCUGGUUUAAUUCCAUUACAGUCUGCAAGUAUUAUUCCUCAACUUCCUCUUCCUGCAAGGUUACCUGCUAACAUGUCUAACUGGACAAACCCUCCUCUCGGAAAAUUCAUCUCUAUUGGAAAUAAUACGUGUACUACUAAUAAGGCAAAUAGUUCUCUAAUUUCUUCUCUUACAAUUACACCAAAUGCAGUUCCUUUGUCUGACCAAUCAAAAUCUGUUCCAUGUAUUGUACGUCCCCUUCAAACUAAUACUUUAUCAACUGUUUCUGUGAAUGAUUUGCCCAUUUUGCUCCCAACAACAGCUCUUUCUGGAUCUGUAACUCCUGCUGUUUCUUCACAAAGCUCCACAAACAUUGUGUGCUCAGUUGCUGCACCAAAUACAUUGUGUUUGGUAGACAACAAACAAUCUCAAAAGCCCAGUCCUGUGAUAAUGUCUACAGUGAAUAAAAUAAAUCCAGGUGACAAUAGUCAAAUCAUAAAUGAUAAUGUUGUCCCAAAUAUAUUAGCAGCUGUUGAUAAAAAGGGACAAAUUUCAUUGGCCACAAUAUUGUUGCCGGCUAACUCUCAACUCCCGGUCACUCAGCUUCCAAAUGUUAGUGUUGAGAAACAAAAUAGUACACUGAUCCCUAGCCAAUCAAAUGCCACAGUUUCAAAUGAAAACAAGACUUUGAAUCAUUUAGUAGAAAACAAAAAUUCCAACGUUGUAUCUAAUGGCCAUGUCAGCAGUUAUUCUAAUGACACUAUUACACAAAGUGCAGAAAUACAACCUUUGGAUGAUGUUAAAACUUUGAUUGUGACUAAAGAGAAUAUAAUUCAGGGACAAAAGGUUAGUGAAUCUAAAACACUUGAUGUUGAUGGGGAUGACUUCGAGAAUUUUGCCGCUGCAAAAGACAAAGAAGAUAAAUUCCCAGUAUGUAAGAAAGAGAGAGACUCUAAUAUCACUAACUCAGUCAGUGAUGGUAUUAAACCUUCAACAGUUAGUUCAAGUAAUGUUUCUUGUCAAUCUGAUGUUAACUCUCAACUCACACAUCAAGAAAGCGACAGUAAAUGUUCAACCUCACCCGAUAUUACUACUGUAUCAGACACUUCUCAGGAUUUGAGCAGUUCUCCUGAAAACCAUUGUUCUGAAGCAAAUUCUCAGCAUUUGUCUAAAAAAACAUCAAGUGUGCCUGGACACCAAAUUCAAAGAAAUGGCUUGAAAUAUAAUUCUGCUGGUAUUCGUGAUAAAAAGUCAGCUCUCCACUCGCUUAUUGAUAGUGAAUCUCUCAGGUGUAUUCAGUGUACUCGGAGCUUUAGUAAAAUGUCCCAUGUACGUAGACAUGCAAUCAGACAUCUGGGAUGGAAGCGAUACAAAUGUAAAUUUUGUUCUUUCUCCAAUUAUGAAAGAUCCGAAUGCAAGACUCAUAUUAAACGACGUCAUCUGGGCAAGAUUGCUGGUUUAACUGUUAAACUGUUGGAUUUCUACAUUGUUGAUUUGAAUAAUAAUGAUAAUCAAAUUACUAGUUGUGAUAGCAAAUUCUUUGUAAAGAGAAAAGAAGUAGAAUCUUUAAAAUUGGCAUCAUCCUCUACCACAAAUCUUAAAACUUCUAGUGAUGAUGACUCAGAAGAAUAUACAAGAGUAGAUUCUCCUGAACAUAUGACAAGUGUAUCAGACUGUAGUGACCAUAAGACAGGUGACUUGGACUCCACUGAUAAUGACACAAGUGUUUCGAAUUCUACUGAUCAUGCUAUCAGUGUCUCGGAAGAGACCAGUUCUGCAAAUAUCAAGACAGGUGAAAAGCAAGACAGUGAAAAGAUUCUUGCUUUGAUUGACACUAAAUCAUUAAAGUGUCUGGAAUGUAGCCGAGAAUUCCAAAAGCGUUCACACCUACGCCGGCACAUUGUACGCCAUCUAGGAUUGAAGCGGUACAAGUGUAAGCAGUGCAAAUUUACAAGUUAUGAUCGUUCGGAAUGCAGAUCGCACAUAGAGCGUUGUCAUUUGGGUAAAGUACAAGGCAUCACUGUUAACUCAAUCAAUUGUUCUAUUGUAAUGCUUGGUCAAUCUGAAGAAACUUAUGAAGAAAGUCAGAUGGAAAAAUCCAAUGCAAAGGAAACUGGAAUAGAGCAAGAAAUAGAAACAAGUGAAGAUAUUGAUUCCAAUUCUUGUAGCAAUUUUAUGAGUAAUACUACUACUACUGCAACCACCUCCACAUCUACCUUUACUAUGUCAUCAACAUCUUUUAAUUCUCUAUUCUCAACCAGUGAAAGUUCCAAAACAAAAGUAAAUAAGAAACCAUUGAACAUUGCUGCUGGACACAAAGGCAAGUCACCUUCCAAACAAACCAGUGGGAAGGUUACUGGCAGUGCGAAGAGGAAAAAAUCUCUUGGACAAGUCACAUCCAGUAAACGUCAAAUUUCUCCAAAGAAGGCUAAAAAAGUCUCCUCAACUCAGUCUUCAGCAACUACUGCAAAAAAAUUACCUGCUGAUGAUUUGUCAGUGUUAAACACAAGGAAAGGAUACUAUGUCAAACCUAACUUUCUGCAGCUUGCUAGAAGUGCAAAAAAAAUUCCUAAAAGUAAAAACAAUUAAGCAUCUAAAGAAAUAUUUUGGCAGCUUUUAGUUAACAGAAGAAAAUACCCUAACCCUGGCUAUUUUUAAUUACUUUUAUCAUCACCAGCGUUGGUGGGAAUGGCAAAUAUAAUAGAGUAUCAGGAUAUUAUUAAAUACUUUGCAGUAUUUAAUUAACACCCAUUCUGUCCUGAGUUCAGAUCUUUUGAAGACUUUCCUUUUCAUCACUCCACAGUUGAUAAAAUAAGCACAAGCAUGUAUUAAGACUGUUUCUAUGGACAAUGCCUUUCCUUAUGAAGAUACAGCUUUCUGCUAAUGUCAGAACCCAUUAUUAGUAUCAUAGUCAUUAAAGAUUUGAUCUUUGGAAACACCUGUGCCAUCCUACUGGAUGGCAGUAAUAUCUGUUGAUUCCUUCCAAGCCUUUAAGUGCAGUUUAACCUUCUUGGUUAAAAAUAGCUUAUAGCCUUCUGGCUUACAACAUAUUGAAACAAAUAUUUCUGCUUGUAUAUGAAGAGGACAUUACAAAUGACAUGUAUCAAGUAUCUCAACCAAUUAUAUUUCUUGUAUAAUUGUUAAAGACCAUUUCAACUGUUUUGUUGAGUAUAGUAAAUGCAAGGGGUUCUUUCUAUGAAAAUCAGUAACUGGCUGAAACCUACUUAGUUUGAACCCUCAUUCAGACAUUUUGACCACCUACUUGGUUUUAUGUAAAGACUUUUUAUUGUAAAACAAUGAAAAAAAUAUCUUUUUCUAUGUAAAAUGACAUCGACUUCACCAUGUUGACUUGUAAUCUGGUUUUAUUUAAUCACAUUAUUUUGACAUCAACCACAUUGCCAUUGUCAAAUUUGACUUGGUCUAUGGACAACAUCUUUGGAUUAUUGUUUGAAAUUGUAUUUAACUAAGAUAUUAUUUUUUUUAGAUGCAUGUUUGUAUAUAAAUAUAUGUAAAAGGGAUGGCAGUGAAUGUGCAUGUAUGUGUGUAUCUAAAUGUGUGAAUGUAUAAAUAUAUAAAUAUGUGUGUGUGUGUGUAAAUUUACAUAAUUGACUUUAUCCAUUUUACUUUACUGAAUGAAAGAAAAACUAACCACUGUUGUCCAGGACAUUACAGUAAAUACAAAAACAACCCCUCCUUCUCUCGAAACUCACUGAUACUCUUUCUUUAAAUUCUAAAAAUUGCAAUGUCCCCUUCCUGAUUUAGAUAUCAGCAAUAAUUUGUACUCUGUAACAAGGGGACAGAUAUUUAAUGUUGGAAGGUUUUUUUUUUUAAAUAAAAAAAAAUCUGAUUGUUGGGCUAUGUCCAUAGCCUUUUCCAGACAUUGAAGCCUAAGAAAUUAAUGUGACUAAUGCUAUGCUCUAUAUUAGUUUUUAAAAAUUUAUGUCAAGUUAAAUUGUCUCUUUUAUAGGAUGUCUCAUACUUCUAAUUAAUGAAAUAUAUUUAAAAAGAGAGAAGUUUUGUCACUGUAUACUUUACACUUAAUCCAAAACUAAACAUCUCACUGACAUCCCCCACCCCACCCCGGUGCUAUGUGGCCACAACCCACAUACAACUUUGUUUCUUCCUUUAUGUAUUGUCUAUAAAACUAAAAAAAUGUUUCCAUUUAUUUUUCAAUAUAAACUGAACUAAUCUGAAUAAUAGAAAUAUCAUAAAAUUUUUUUCUUGCUCUUAUUUCUUAUAGGUAUUGUAUAUAAAAACUUGGUGAUUUCAGUUUUUUUUUUAAAGAAAACGAUUUGCUGUUUUGAAUAGUUUUUAACUUUUAAGGUAAAGAAUAUAAAUUUUCUUAGUCUCUUGAGGUUUCUAAGUCAGCCACUUAACUUUACUUUCAUUGUUGUUGUUAUUGUUGUUGUUCAACCUGAGGUCAGCCUUGAUCCAGCCGACCUAUGAUCUAAGGCAUUCUAGCCUUGACCAUCCUGUCUUUUUAGUCAUAGUAUAUUUAGAACUUCAUUAUCCAAUGUAUCCUUUCUUUUCAAGACAGAGUGAGAUUUGGUUGCUAUUUUUUAGCAGAAUAAGUGACCACAUAGCAACUUCCUCAUUGACUCAAGUUUCAUGGUAUUAAGCUGUUGAGAGAUAAGUUUCCUGGAUAGGAUGCUAGACUAAAUUCUCACACAGCAUGCUUGAAGCCACUGCUGUGUGUUCUUGAGUCAGCUGGGUGAAUAAAGGCAAAUGCACUUAUGACUUGCUUAGAACAACGAAACACCCAAAUGGAUUUCAGUUCGUGUCCUUGAAUUAGUAGGGACAUUGCAUUAAACCUUCAAUAAUUUUGUCUUUCAUGAAGUUUUAUUUUCCUUUAUAUUCAUUAGUCUAACUAUGAGAUGCUGUGCCCCUCAUAAUUAGACUUUUGCCUUCUUUUAAAUGUUCUUUAGACAGGUAGAGAUAAAUGGGUGAGGCUAGUGUUGUUUCAUACUUUCUUGUGGAAGAGGAUUUGAAUAUAAAGAUUAUCAAAGGACUGUUGAUUUGCAAAAACAGUAUUGGAUUUUUUAAUGCUUCAUAGUGUAUAUAGUUUCACAUCUCUUAAUAGUAUAUCAUUAUAUAGUAAUAUCAUGGACACUAAUUUAAUUAACUAUAUGCUAAUUUUCUACAAAUUUAGGCCUUGUGACAAUGUAGAUUUGUUUUAUUAUAAACACUGAAAUUAUUAGGCAAUUCCCAGCUAAUUCAACAGUAUUAAAUUGCUGUUCUCCCUGUUUUAAACUUAACUGCUUCUAGAUUAAUGGAAUAGAGAGUUCUAGGUUUCCACAUUGCCAGUAAUAAGACAGACACAUUAAAACUCUUUACACCUAAUCAUUCCAAUGUUAUACCCUGAUGAUAAUAGGCAUUAUUCCAACUCUGCAAAUGAAUGGCUUCCUUUCAAUAACUUCAAAUUUUCUUCAAAUAAGAAAACGUUAAAAUUGUUGUCUCUCUCUUUUGUUUUUAAUAAUCAUUUUAUUAUUACACAUUUCUUCUUUAAUUCUCAGUUCUAAAAAUAAACAAAAAACUGGUUAUUUCAGAGAAUAUUUAGUAAAGUACAAUAAUAUUUAAUUUAAAUAGCUAUAUUUUGAAUGAUGAUAUUAUUUUUUCUUUGUAAAUCUAAUGUAUCUAUGUGUGUAAUCCAAAUUAUGAUAUAAUUGCCAACUUAAAAAAAAAAAAAUACUUAUAGAAG